ACAAAGCAAACCGUACACAGCACUUUUUCUCCAGUUUUUCAUAAUUAUUAUUUUAUUCUAUAACAUUGCGACCAAUUUGAUUUCAUAUUUUGUUUUCUUACGUGGCUAGCUAGCUGAUUUUUUAUUCGCUACCUUUGAACUGGCGGAAAAAGCUAGCUAUAUACUAGAGACAGCUGCUGUAGUAUCCUGACUAUGUAAAAUUUUUGCCAAGAUUUAGAAAAUGCUACAAAAGUUUUAAACGAAUAUGCUAAAAUCUGAAGGAAACGUUGAUUGUAACACUCGCCAGUCAUUUGAAAGACUUGUAAUAGAUAGUUAUAAAAAGGUUUUACCAGCUGAAUCUAAACUGUACAAACUUGGAUGUAAAAUAGGAGCUGGUACUUUCUCAACACUAUGGCUUGCUGAGUGUAAAAAAAGUGAUGAUCGAAAUCUGUAUGUUAUCAAGAAGUUAGAUGUUGACAAGCUCACAACAAAGGAUUUAAAAAACUUGCAGUAUGAGGUACAAUUGUCAAGUCAGUUAAAUCAUCCAUAUAUACUUGCAUUUUAUUCUUCUUUUGUUGCUGAUCAUGGCUGCAUAUGGACUGUAUAUCCGUUUUAUAAUUUUGGGUCGUGCCGUGACGUAAUUGCUUCUGAAUUCAAAAAUGGUUUACCUCUGUUGUUUGUUGGCAUGGUAUUAAGAUUUGUUGUGUUAGCGCUUCAAUACCUGCACCGGAUGGGAUUUCUCCACAGAGCCGUUAAUGCUAGUCAUAUUUUAUUAAAUUCCGAUAAUACCGUUUGUUUAUCGGGUCUUCGGCACUGUCUAAUGAUGCCAGAUGACGGAUCAAAUGCUCACGACUUUCCUGAUAAUGCCAUCCAAGUUCUACCCUGGGUGGCCCCAGAAGUUCUUCAACAGAACCUAACUGGAUACAAUGACCGUUCGGACAUCUACAGUCUUGGCAUCACUGCAGUUGAAUUGGUUACUGGAACCAUACCUUACAGCAAACUACGACCAACGGAGAUUUUACUGCAGAAGAUUCGCGGUGUUAUUCCGCAACUCCCAGAUAAAGCGACCAUUGAAGAAUUACAUGGCGAUUUCAGCAAUUCACAGUCGUCAUUGGAUGGUCUGCAACAAACCAACGAUAUGUUGUUCUCUCCACAAAUUACUGCAGCCCCUUCUAAGAAAGUCAGGAAUCUUCACCAGUUUGUCGAAGUUUGUUUACAAGCUGAUGCUAGUUCAAGGCCGUCAGCAAGUCAACUGAAACAGUCUUCUUACAUUAGAAAUGUGAAGAGAAAGAUGAAGGAUAAAGAUUGUCAGGCCUUCACAGAUUUGUUAAAACCGCUAACGCCUAUUAAUGAAUUCAUAAGCGACACUGAAAAUAAAGGAUUAGAGAAUGAGAUGGAAAUUUUAGAGAAAGUACCCAAUGUUACUCUAUGCGAUGAAACCAGGUGGAAUUUUUGAAUGGAGCAUGAUGCUAUCUCUCAAGUCGUGGAACGUUACAGAUAUCUGGCCCACCAGAGCAUGCCCGCGCUUUGCCGGUCGAUUGUCUUUGUGGUGAAAACAAAGUUUCGUGAGGAUCCAAUUUUUUGUUUGUAUCAAACAAUUUAUGUACAUUUUAUGAAAUUGUUAUUUGUUGUAUAUUUUAACAGAAUUGGAAAAAAAAAGAACCUUCACUCCAA